AUGGCAGUCCAGCUUCUAGUUUUCAUUCUUCUUUUUGGGUUCUCAUUGAGGCUAGAAUCCAUCACUGGUAGAAGGAUCGUAGGAAAUGAGAGAGAUCAACUUGCAUUGCUUGAGUUAAAGAAACAAAUUGAUGAUCCAUAUCAAGCACUACAUUCUUGGAAUGAUUCCAACUAUUUCUGCGACUGGGUAGGGGUCAGCUGUGGCAGCCAUCAUCAACGGGUUAUCAACUUGAAUUUAACUGGGAAGGGCUUGGGUGGUUACAUAUCUCCUUCACUAGUUGUUUCUGUUGUACAAAACCAACUACAUGGGAGCCAUCCACGAGACAUAAGCUUCACUCUUCCAAAUCUCCAUGAAAUAUAUAUUGGAAUUAACCUCUUCUUAGGGGGCAUUCCGAAUUCCAUCUCUAAUAUUUCAACACUUGAAGCAAUUGAUCUCGGUUAUAACAAUUUUGUUGGACCAGUCCCUAACAACCUAGGAAAUCUUCAAAAUUUUCAAUUAUUUGUCAUUGGUGGAAAUCAGUGUGGAACAGGGGAAGCUAAUGAUUUCGAUUUUGUAUAUCCUUUGUUCAAUUGUACACAUCUGGAGACUUUGGACAUACGAUCUAAUGGUUUUAAGGGUCCCCUUUCCUUCUUUAAAGCUAAUCUCUCAACACAGCUCUCCAUACUUGUACUAGGCGGGAAUCAGAUAUCUGGAACCAUCCCUGUUGGGUUUGAGUAUCUCGUCAAGUUAACUGCAUUGAGCAUGGAACAGAAUUUUCUCGAAGGUAAUAUUCCAUCGGGUAUCGGGAAACUUUUGAAACUUCAAAGAUUGUUCUUGGGUGGGAAUAGACUUUCAGGACAAAUACCAUCUUUUAUAGGCAAUCUCACUCUUUUGUAUGAACUCCAUUUAGAAGCCAACAACUUCAAUGCAAGCAUUCCUUCUAGCCUUUGA